UCACAUUUUUGAAAUCAAACAAAAUUUAUCAGUGUAGCUAUGUAAAAUUUUAGUGUUUCUAUAAGAUUUAAUAACAAAAACAUCAAGUUUUAGUUGAAUUCAUCGUUGUUUUAGAGCAAUAAAUAAGCAAUAAAGUUACAGACCGUGAGAUAGGAUGAGGAUAAGGCAGAUGCCCUUAUCCAAGAAAUAAGCGUCAAAAUUAUUGUGUACGUUUGCUGUCAUUAGCCAUGAGUGUGGUGGUAGACCCUGGCCCGCGGAAGGUCGGAAGCGUCUUACGGAAGAACUUUCUUCAAGUGGAAGAAGUUGAGGAUGAGGAUUUCCAUCCGGAAGCCGAUAAGACCGAAAGUGGCACGCAAACAAAAUUUGGAAAAGGGAAAGGGAAAUGCAUUCCAAGCGGGAUGAUACAAAAAUGUAUAAAGCAUAUAAUUAUACCAAAUCAUAAACCGAAAAAACGAAAAAUCAAAUUAAUGGACUGGAAGAAAUAUCACAGACUGAACGUAAUAUACGCAUUUCUAGAUGAACUGGAGAGAGAUUUUCCUGCAAUUUGUACUGUAUCUGUGAUUGGGAAAUCUGUUGAAGGACGCGAUAUCAAAAUGUUGAAAAUUUCGAACAGCAACGCAAGCAACUGCGCGGUGUGGCUGGACGGGUCCAUACACCCGCGCGAGUGGAUCACCACCGCCGUCGUCACCUACAUAGCCGACGUCAUCGUCAAGAACUUCCCGAAUUUAUCCACCUCCAUCACCAACAAAGACUGGCACAUAGUUCCUGUUCUGAACCCUGAUGGGUAUGAAUAUACUUAUACCCACGACAGGAUGUGGAGGAAGAACAGAGCCUGUUACGAUGGAGAGUAUGGCGUCGACCUCAAUAGAAACUUCAGUUACGGAUGGGGUAAUAACGGUGAUGAAGGUUCCUCAGAAGACCCGAACAAUGUGUUCUACAGAGGACCAGCUCCCUUUUCGGAACCAGAAACCGCAGCCGUAAGGGAUACAAUAUUAGGGUCGACAACGCCAUUCAAAGUUUUCCUGUCGUUCCACAGCUAUUUCGAGCUUAUAAUAUUUCCGUGGGGAUUCAAAAAGGAUCCAUGUCCCCACUAUUUGAGACUGCUCGAAGGCGGUGCGAUUAUGGCAAGAGCAAUCUACGACGCGACAGGAAUGACUUACAAAGUCGGCAGCACAAAAGACAUGACUUACUAUGCAUGCGGCACCAGUAUAGAUUGGAGUUACGCCAUCGCCAAGAUCCCCUACUCCUACAUGAUCGAACUGCGGAGCAAGAAGCAUAAGUUCAAACUGCCAAGAGAUAAAAUUGCCGAGACGUGUCUGGAGAUAUGGAGUGCCGUCAAAAAUUUCAUGGAAUACGUCGACCAAUUACCUACUAAACUAAAAACACAGGACUCCACACACCAUAUUUUAAACAAUUUUAAAAUGGAUAAAUUAGGUCAUACUUGUCACCUUUCUUGCAUGAACCCCAACCAUCAUUUCUCCAAACGUGGUCAGAUUACUUACUACAACCCUGACGAUUCCGCUUACAACUCUGAAGGUACCCAAAAUGACAGCGACCCUCCAAGAUCCAGUGAAAGUUACCACAAACACAAGAACAAAUAUGAAGAAACCAUCAAAUUACUGCUCGAACGGUACGACGAUAGCGUGCCAGAAUCCACUGGUGCUUACAGCAACUACUAUAAAAAUAUGCUCCAGCAAACACCAUCUUCUAAAUUGAAGGCCCACGUAAAACUGAGUAAGAUGAUUCACAUAUUGGAAAGUGACGACAGCAACCAUAUAGUUCUGGAAAGCAGGAGCAGUCCUACCACCUUUUGCACCGAACAUCAUUACGAUAGUGAUGAACCUGUUAUAAUUAAAACUCCUACGCCUAUAAAAGCCAGUAUCACCGAAGAAAAAGAUGAAAAGACAUCUCAACCACCUCGAAUGGAUUGGAACGACUACCACACUCUGGAUGUCAUACAUGGAUUUAUGGAUGACCUUGAGUAUGACUAUCCUUCAAUAUGCACUGCUGGAGCUAUUGGGAAAUCACUCGAGGGAAGAGAUCUAAAGAUACUCAAGAUAUCGAACAGUGACACGACCAACGCGUGCGUGUGGAUAGACGCGGGCAUACAUGCGCGGGAGUGGAUCGCCCCAGCCGUUGCCACUUACAUCGCCAACCAUAUUGCGACUAACUUCAAUACAAUGCCUAACAGCGUUACUAACAAAGACUGGUAUUUUCUUCCAGUAGUAAAUCCAGAUGGCUACGUAUACAGUCACACUGUGAACCGUUUGUGGCGAAAAAACAGAGCCUGGCAUGCUGGGGAGUGUGUGGGAGUCGAUUUGAACCGAAAUUUUAGCUUCGGUUGGGGUGGAAAGGGCUCGUCGGGAAACCCAGCGAACGCUUUCUACAGAGGACCAGAGGCGUUUUCCGAGCCGGAGUCAAGUGCUAUGAGGGACAUGUUGAUAAAUACGGGAAUAUCGUUCAAAGUGUACAUCACUCUACACAGCUACGGCCAGGUGAUCAUAUUCCCGUUCGCCUUCAAGGAAGACCUGUGCCCGGACUAUGUGAGGCUGCUGGAAGGAGCUACGGUCAUGUCGAAGGCUAUCUACGAAGCCAGCGGCAAUACUUACAAGGUGGGGAUAUCCAGAGAUGUAAUGUAUGGUGCAGCCGGUACCAGUAAUGAUUGGAGCUACGGUGAAGCCGGCAUACCCUUCUGCUACCUCAUAGAGCUGAGGAGUAGGAAGCACAAGUUCAAGCUGCCUAAGGAAGAAAUAGAAGAAACUGGGAACGAGAUCUUGAACUGUGUGAAGGCGCUUAUGGAGUUUGUGGACAAGCACCCGGUAGAUAAAUUGAAGAAUAUCAAAGUGGCACCAAUCAGUGAUAAAACCCAAGUAUGGGAGGUAAAAUUUGUUAGGGAGGGGCAAAGAUAUUUCGUCAAGUCUCUGGACACAGUGGGCGCAUUAACGAUCUGGAAAGAAGAACGCAGCACGAUGGAUAUAAUGGUGGAAUCCUCCCGAUCCUCACAAGUGGCUGGUAUGCUCCACGAAAGAGAGAUCCCCUUCUCCGUGGCCAUUGGCGACGUGGGUCUGAUGAUGGAGAGGGAACAGGGCGGCUCAUUUUCAAAGAAUAACAGAAGAAACUCGGCAGAAAAUCGUAACAAGAUAAGACGGCAAUCCGUUACAUUACCGCGAAAAAGAUUUCACCCAGGCAGAGGCAUGGAUUGGAAGAACUAUCACCGAUUGUAUGCUAUAUACAACUUCAUGGACAGCUUGGUUCUGGAAUACCCGUACUUGUGUAGUGUGAGUGUUAUCGGAAAGUCAGCUGAAGGCAGGGAUAUAAAGAUGCUCAAAAUAUCGAACGGCAACCGGGACAACGCGGGCGUGUGGCUCGACGGGUCGAUACAUCCGCGGGAAUGGAUCAGCACAGCAGUGGUCACCUUCAUAGCUGACCGGAUCGUGAGGACCUUCAACGAGCAGCCGGAGAGCGUCACUAAUAAGGACUGGUAUAUCCUCCCAGUGAUGAACCCAGACGGCUAUGAAUACACGCACACGCACGACCGCAUGUGGCGGAAGAACCGCGCGCGCUACGGCGAGUGCGUCGGCGUCGAUUUGAACAGGAAUUUCAGUUACGGUUGGGGAGAGAAAGGAGAAGAAGGCUCUUCAGAAGAUCCAGGGAAUAUAUUCUACAGAGGCCCUAAACCUUUUUCGGAACCAGAAACUGUUGCAGUGAAGAAAGCGAUCCUAGAGUCAGACACGACGUUCAAAGUGUUCCUGUCCUUCCAUAGCUAUGGUGAAGUGAUAAUUUUCCCAUGGGGCUACACCGGAGACCCCUGUCCGGACUACGUCGAGAUGCUUGAGGGUGGCACUGCCAUGGCUAAGGCAAUCCACGACGCCAGUGGUCACACCUACAAAGUGGGCAGCACAAAAGACCUCAUGUACUUCGCUUCUGGCACCAGUACAGAUUGGAGCUACGCAGUCGCCAACAUCCCCUACUCAUAUAUGGUAGAGCUACGAGGGAAGAAGCACCGGUUCCUUCUGCCCAAGGAAGAGAUCGUAUCCACGGCUUCAGAGGUCUACAGCGGUGUCAUGAGACUCAUGGAUUUUGUUGACAGACGGUGUAAAGGCGUUGGGAACUGUGUUUGCCCUAAAUAG